AGUUUCGUUUUAGACGCGCGCGCGUGCGGUUCUGUUGUCUCCCAUCGCCCGUUUGCCGUUUACCGUUUGUGCGAAACGGUUAAGCAUUUCGUUAAGUUCAGCGAGCGGUUCUCUUGAGUGCAGUCAUGCGUUUGUUGCUGUUGCUGUUGACGGCCCUUCUGGCUCUCCUGGCCCAGGUCCGUGGCCAGCAGGACUAUUGCUUUGGCAAGGACACGGAGCGACUGCAGACGCGUCAGUUUAGCUCGAAGACAGCCUAUCAGAUUGUCAAGGGCACCAACAUGGACAAGCAAUAUCAGGUGCCCGGCUGUGAGCCCAACAAGAUGUGGAUCUUCCACAGGCACGGCACGCGGCUGCCCACGCCGAGCACCAUUGAGGCGGCACCGCGACUGGAAGAGCUACGCGAUUUGAUAGUGAAUAAUUAUCGGGUGAGGCGCACCAAGCCGGAGACUGAUGCCUUGUGCGACACGGAUCUGACCGCCAUCCAGAUGUGGAAAUGGAAUACCAGCAUUACGGUCGACAUUGAGGAGUAUCUGACCAGCCAGGGCUACGAGGAUCUGCGCGGCACUGCCAAGGUCUACCAGCACUACUUUCCCACGGUGCUGCCCACCACAUUCAACGACACCUACUACCUGUUCCGUCACACGGAUACUCAACGUACCACGGAGAGUUUCAAGGGCUUUGCCGAGGGUCUCUUUGGUGACAGCAGUGUGGCCACUGCAGCGGAUAUUCCCGAGAAGGAUCUGCUGCUGCGUCCCUACGAUUACUGCACGGAUUUCAAAGACAAGAACUACAAGGGCGUGGGCUCCGAGUAUCAGAAAUAUUGCACAAGCGCCAUAUGGAAUAAUACUAUGGAGGAUAUUACACGCAGACUUGGCUUCACAGUUCUGGCCGAGGACGAUAUCAAGCUGAUGUUUGAUAUUUGUCGCUACGAGCAGGCCUGGCAGGUGGAUCGGACGAGCGUCUGGUGCGGCGCCUUUUUGCCCGAGCACGUGACCGUCAUGGAAUACGCCGAGGAUCUGAAAUACUACUACGAAUCCGGCUAUGGCUUCGAGGAGAACACGCGCUUCAAUUGCCGCGCCGUCCAGGAUAUGCUUACCCGUCUCAGCAGUCCCGUCUCUCCCCACGUCGUCGCCUAUUUUGCCCACUCGACGGGUCUGCAGACUCUGCUCACAGCGCUGGGCAUCAACAAGGAUGACAUCGCACUGCGUGCGGAUAACUACGACUCGAUGACAAGUCGUCGCUGGAAGACCAGUCUGCUGGGUCCCUUUGCGGGCAAUUUCGUGGCCGUGAAAUACAAUUGCCCCGCGGAGCUGGAGCCGGAGAAGGUCGUCUUCUUUCUCAAUCAGAAUGCCGUCGAUCUGGACUGGUGCAAUGUGGGUCUGUGCAACUGGUCGGAUGUCCUGCAGAAGUACAAAACCAUCUCGGAGGCCAACUGUGAUGAGUAUUAUUGCCGCUCUGCCGCAUCUUCUGGACGUGCCUCAAUUCUGGUCACCGCUUUUAUUGCCGCAUUUGUCUACUUGAUGCAUUAGAUCUGAAAUAGAUUCGACUUAAAUAGCGCAGGGAUCUGGUUUAGUUUCUAAUUAGGCUAUCUUCAAAGUUCGCACCAAAAACAAAAAUAGUCAAUUAAAUUAAUCGAGUAUUUUCGUAUUUUUCAAUAAAUGUACAUUUUCUACUUUUAACGAGCACACUUUACACUGAAAUUAAAUAAAACAAAUACACACACACACACACACAUACAAAAACAAACACAAUUAGCUUUUUCCAAUUAAUUAUUAAGCUCUGCUUGUGAUAAAUGAAUAGAUAGAUGAAAAAUAAAUAGCUUUAUAAAUUA